AUGAUGCUCAGUGAGUCCUAUAAAGGGAGGGACCAAUGCUUAUUGAUCGAUCCUCGUGGCAAGUUUCUGCCAUUUUCAGCCGGCAAUUUUUACAGGUACUUGGAUGGACCUCGGUACUACAUAUGGUUUGAUACACUGCGCUUACCAGUGAUACUUGGGGAUUGCGAAAAAGAAAAAAUUCAUUGGAAGCACGACCCUCGUCUAAUUCUAUCAAAAUCAACUAUUCUCAAACAAUUGGACAAGUGGAGAGAAAACAUCAAUAAGGACUUGAACUCAUAG